CUUCACACCUUCUAGACGGAAGCUUGUCUUAUGACGAACUCGGAGCAACAACGCCCACGAUUUCCCUAGGUAAUAUAUCGACAUAUCCAUAACGACUUCCUAGGUUGGCGACAACGACGAUAACUCCUGUUUCUUCUUUUGAGUUUUGGAUAUCUUAAUUUUGACAAACAUGUCUAGUUAACAGCGUCGUUUCCAUCUCAAGCAUUAGAGUAUCCCUUCCGCUUUGUGCUAAGCAUGCAUGAACUCUGCAUAUGAUUCCUCUGGACUCCAGGCUAUCGGUUUCACGGUUCAGCCUUGAGAUCUACACGUUUGAUCUAAGCCUACAAACACGUGGUUGCAUCAAAUACCAAACAUCAUCAACAACUCGAGGGUCGAGAGUAUGCCAAAAUGAUCAGUCGAGGAGGAGGUUCCAUCAUGCGAGGAGGUCGCAUUCGGCCUCCUCGACGGGCUGUAACCUCCUCUGGUCCGCUCGACGAAUUCGAACAGUGUUGGGAGAAGCUUCAGGAAGCAUUCCAUGACAUACACACUCGCAACGCCGGAAAGCUUUCCUUUGAGCAGCUUUACCGAUAUUCGUAUAAGAUCGUACUUAAGAAGUCAGGCGCGAAGUUGUAUGAGCGAGUGAAGAAAUUCGAGGAGCAAUGGUUCGCCGACGAAAUCAUACCACCUAUCCGAGCUCUUAUAACGACGAAUUUGGUCAGCAUCACACUUGAUGAGGCCCGCGGAACAAGCGCAGUUGAGCGGCGUGCUAUGGGCGAGAAAUUUCUUAAAGGUGUUAGGACAUCAUGGGAAAACCAUAACAUGUCGAUGAACAUGAUUGCCGACAUUCUGAUGUAUCUCGAACGAGGAUACGACCGCGAUCAUAAUCAUCCUCUCAUUUACGCGACGACUAUUGGUCUGUUCCGUGACCACAUCCUGAGAUCAGACCUGAAGGAGAACGGAUCCAACUGUCAAGUUUUUGACAUCCUCAAUGCUACUAUCAUUGACCAUAUCAAUAUGGAGAGAGAAGGAGAUGUCAUCGACAAGGCUUUAUUACGCAGCUGUACUUCUAUGCUGGAGGAUCUUUUUGAGACAGACGAAGAGAAUUCGCAGGAGCAACUAUAUCUAACUACGUUUGAGCCUAUCUACCUCCAAAGUAGCAGCGUCUUCUACAAAGCCGAGUGCGAUAAACUGAUCCGUGAGGCUGACGCCAGCGCGUGGCUCCGAUAUACCCAGAGACGACUUGCGGAAGAGGCGGAGCGAUGUCAGACGACAAUUUCCCAGUUGACACUCCAGAAGAUCAACAACGUAGUCGAGCAAGAACUCAUUGUGAAGCACAUCGAGGAUUUCCUCAACCUCGAAGGUAGCGGUAUUAAGGCUAUGAUUGAUAACGAUCGAAUCGAGGAUCUCACUAUCCUUUACCAGCUCAUAGCUCGCGUUGAUCCUAAGAAGGUCGUGCUACGUAAAGCUCUCGCGACUCGGGUUGUCGAUCUUGGCAUGGAAAUUGAGCAAGUACUCAAAAGCACUGAUUUCAGCAUAUCACAACAGGCUGAUGGGGAAGAGCCUCCUGAUGGAGCGGAGAAAUCCAAGCCAAAGACUUUGAACGCUGCGGCCCAGCAGACAGCGGCGGCAGUCAAGUGGGUUGAUGAUGUGUUGAGUCUCAAGGACAAGUUUGACAGACUAUGGACCGCCUGCUUUGAAGAGGAUCUGAUUUUGCAGACGGCAUUAACGAAGAGUUUCUCGGAUUUCAUCAAUUCCUAUGAUCGCAGCUCAGAAUACGUUUCACUCUUCAUCGACGACAACCUAAAACGAGGUAUCAAGGGUAAGACGGAAGCAGAGGUCGAUAUCGUGCUUGACAAGGCGAUAACUCUCCUCCGAUAUCUUGGCGAGAAGGAUAAAUUCGAGCAGUACUAUCAGAAGCAUCUCGCUCGCCGCUUAUUACAUUCCAAGUCAGAGAGCCAAGAAGUGGAGCAAGAGAUGAUAUCACGCAUGAAGCGCGAGUUAGGCAAUUCUUUCACACACAAGUUCGAGGGCAUGUUCAGAGAUAUGCGGACGUCCAAGGAGACAACAGAACAGUAUCGGGAUCACAUCCGUGGCCUUGGUGAUGCAGACGAGAAACGAAUUGAACUCAGCAUCAGUGUUCUUGCUGGCAACAACUGGCCCAAGGAAGUCAUGGGUCGUACAGGUCUCGCUGAUGGACCAAGAGCGAAAGCCAUAUAUCCACGUGAGAUUCAAGGGCUUCAGGAUAGUUUCUUCAAGUUCUACAGUAUCAAUCGCAAUGGCCGUAUACUCACUUGGCUUGGAAGUGCUGGCAGUGCUGAUAUCAAGUGCCUGUUCCCCAAGGUCCCCGGCAAGACCUCCGGCCCUCUCAGCAGAGAACGCCGCUACGAAAUCAAUGUGGCUACUUAUGGAAUGAUUGUCCUGAUGCUAUUCAAUGAUAUUGCUGAGGGCGAAUGGCUGUCUUUCGAAGAGAUUGAGCAGAAAACCAACAUUCCACAGCUCGAUUUGGUCAAUGUGUUGACAUCACUCUCGGUGAUUAAGCAGUACCGCGUCCUUUUGAAGGAGUCACAGACGAAAGCAGCCGCCAAACCAGGAGAUAGAUUCACAUUUAAUCGCGAAUUUGUGAGCAAGGCUAUUAAGAUUAAAGUCCCUUCGAUCAAUGCCAGCAAUAGAGUCGAGAACGAGGAGGAACGCCAGGAGACCGACAAGAAGAAUGAAGAGACGAGAAUGUACAUUACGGAUGCCGCUAUCGUCCGCAUUAUGAAGCAACGCAAGGAACUCGGUCAUUCCCAACUCAUUACGGAAGUUAUACAAGUCUUGACAAAUCGGUUUAAACCCGACGUGUCACUUAUAAAACGUCGAAUCGAAGCUUUGAUAGGCCGCGAUUACCUUGAGCGAUCAGAGCUAGCGGAUGGCUCACCGGCCUAUCAAUAUGUCGCCUGAUAUCCCGAUCUCCUCAUCUUAUAAGGUUCGACCUUACAGGUUCAGCAAAUAGUAACCUUGUCCAGGUGACAUGAGUUCACUAGUUAAGGGAGGAAGUUGGUGCGACGGGCUUAUGCUUCGGGCUUCUAGCCCGUGGUUACGCCUAAAUCACCAUCCGCAAUUCUAAAUACGGGAUACUUGUUCCGUAUAUAUUAAGGCGACAUUAUGGUAGUUGCCACGGAUAGAUAGUUUCCCCCAAGGUUUGGAUUAGGGCAAACCCCUUUUCCAAGUGAGGGAUAAUAUAUUGUGCUAAUGGGAAACGUGUUUCAUCUCAAUGCAUAGCAGUGGCGAAACGGUGGGAUGAGGCUAUAGUCCGUUUACAAUGGCUGAGGGGAUGGAUUGUAAAUGCAUAGUAGCUAAGCAAUUGCCAUGAAUGAAUGGAAAAGCUGAUUCUAACCCCUCUUCUCUACCCAGGUAUCUUUUUAUGGCACAUAAGUAUUGGAUCAUAACCAAUGUGCUAUUGGACAAUCUGGCUAACUCCGUAGACCCAAUAAUUCGAGUCUUUGCUUGUAAAA